UCAUUGGAAAAGGGUUUAUACCACUUGAUUUUCAGGAUAUGUGCUUCUUUAUAUUCUCCGUUCCGAUACUUGUCGCCUCCACCAUUGUGUUUUCAUCCAGAUCCAUAUCAUUAUAUCGCUGGUUGCGCCCUAAGCUUGCAAAUUUUAAUUACACUUUUGAAGCCUAUGUUGACAUUACUGAAAGUGAGCCAUACCCCCGCUACCCGUGGAACUAUAAUUCAAUGGAUGAAUAUUUUGCUUUGGAAAGGGAUGAUACUCGUAAAAAGGAGUAUGAUUUGGAUAUGCUUGAAAGACGUAAAAAGGACAUAAUCAUAAAUGUUUUGAUCAAUCCGACUUUUACGGUAUUAUCGGCAGUCACACUCAUUCUCAAUAUUUAUUUGAUUUUUUGUCUCUACAAAAAAAUGCGUAAUGCAAGAUUAUGGAAUGAUGGCGUAAAGGAGUACUUGGCAUUAUUUCCAGAAUAUUCCCCAAUUGAAAUGAAAUAUGCUCAUCUUGGAAAAAUAAAAAUGCUUCAAUGGUUAUUGCCAUUAUGUCCUCUGUUGGCAUAUAUCUACUUGCCAGGAUUUAGAGAUUUUGGCCGUACUUCUGUUAGAUAUUUUUGGGCUCCAACAAUUAUUUACUUGAUUAAUUGGCUUUUGUAUUAUACAACUUUACAUCUUCGAUAUCCUGAAGGACAAGCUUGCAAAGCAAUUAAAUUAUCUUACUUUUUCUUUACCCAAAUAUACUUUAUAAUGCUUACAUUAAUAACUUUCUAUGGUUGUUACUCUUUAACGUUGUGUUUUAUAUAUUUACGGAGCAAUAAAGGAUCAUUUAAUAUCAAAUUACCAAUUUCAAUCAAAAUUAAUUUUGAAAUUAAAUUGAAAAAGGAAGAGGGAGAGAACAAAGUUAGCACAGAGGAAAUUGAAGAAGAUGUUAAAAAGGAAGAAAAUGGAGGGAAUAAUGAGGAAUAA